CUAUGAAUUAAUAACACGAAGAAGAGUGAAAACCGGAAGUUACGGUAGCUCCUUUUCCUGACGAAGCUAGAUAAACAAACAAAAGCAACACAUUCUAUUAUUAUAAUAUUAUUCUAUUGAGGAGUCGGAGAUCAUUUUGAUGUGAUCCUAUGUAUAGAUAUGUCUACCAACGUGAACCCCCAAUAGGUGAGGCAAAGAAGGGCUAGCAUCGUUCUUGUUCAGCUAGCUGGCAGGCUAUGGUUAGCUUGUAGCGGUUAGCUGUUAGCUUUAGCUCGUCAUGUGUAUUCUAGUGCUGGGGUUGGGGGUGGGGGGGCGAAGGAGCGCGACAUGAUGCCAUCAAACUGUCGCAGUGUUAGACAGUAGCUCAACUCUCACUGAACAGUUAUUGUCUUGAUCUCAACAGUGCAUUAGUGACUCCCGUUAACGACCCCGUUCCCCUCAGGAGCUCUGCAUUGUUCAGCAUGACAACCUGUUAACGUUCACGUCAGUUACACAGGCUGCUAAUCUGAUCUGUUCUCUUGUUUUAGUGGAUUGGUAGGUUGUGGGAAACUUGGCGCAAGUUUGAACUGGGACUGCACUCCGAAAGACCUCCACAUCGUCACCAUGGCGUGGGCUCUGAAGCUGCCUCUCACGGAUGAAGUGAUUGAGUCCGGUCUGGUCCAGGACUUUGAUGCCAGUCUCUCGGGCAUUGGGCAGGAGCUUGGUGCUGGGGCAUACAGCAUGAGCGACGUGCUGGCCCUCCCUAUCUUCAAACAGGAGGAGUCCAACCUGCCUCCAGACACCGACAACAAGAUCCUUCCCUUUCAGUAUGUUCUGUGUGCAGCUACCUCGCCAGCUGUUAAGCUGCACGAUGAAACACUCACCUACCUCAACCAAGGGCAGUCCUAUGAAAUUCGAAUGCUUGACAAUCGGAAAAUUGGGGAACUUCCAGAAAUCACUGAUAAAAUGGUGAAGAGCAUCAUCCGUGUGGUUUUUCAUGACCGACGACUUCAGUACACAGAGCACCAGCAGCUGGAGGGUUGGCGCUGGAACAGGCCUGGGGAUCGCAUCCUCGACCUGGAUAUCCCCAUGUCCGUCGGCAUAAUCGACCCCAGGGCUAACCCUACUCAGCUUAACACUGUGGAGUUCCUUUGGGACCCAUCAAAACGAACCUCAGUUUUUAUCCAGGUACACUGCAUCAGCACAGAAUUCACAAUGCGCAAGCAUGGAGGAGAAAAGGGUGUGCCUUUCCGGAUCCAGAUCGACACGUUCAAGGAGAACGAGAAUGAAGAGUACACAGAACACCUCCACUCUGCCUCCUGCCAGGUCAAAGUCUUCAAGCCUAAAGGUGCAGACAGAAAGCAGAAGACGGACAGGGAGAAGAUGGAGAAGAGGGCGCCACAGGAAAAGGAGAAGUACCAGUCCUCCUAUGAAACCACAAUCCUGACGGAGUGCUGUCCCUGGCCCGAGGUCACAUACGUCAGUAACUCCCCAUCUCCUGGCUUCAACAGCACACAACACAACAGCUUCCCAGUGGCGGAAGGAAAUGGAUCACCAACCCACCAGCCUGAGCCUGUCGUUCAGGUAGCAGAUAAUUUGUUACCCACAGCAACGCCACAGGACGCACAACAGUGGCUUUUAAGAAACCGCUUCUCACCCUUCUGUCGGCUCUUCACCAACUUCUCAGGGGCAGACCUAUUGAAGCUGACCAGGGAGGACGUCAUUCAGAUCUGUGGGCCAGCAGAUGGUAUAAGACUCUUCAAUGCACUGAAGGGACGGGUGGUGCGCCCGAGGCUGACCAUUUACGUUUGCCAGGAGUCUCAGCAGGCACGGGAGCAGCAACCCAAACAUGAAAACGGAGAUGGUGCCGCCAACACUUUCUUUGUAUAUCACGCCAUUUACCUGGAGGAGCUCACAGCUGCUGAGCUGACAGAGAAGAUCGCUCAGCUCUUCAAUAUCUCACCCAGGCAGAUAAAUCAGAUCUUCAAACAGGGUCCCACUGGCAUCCAUGUGCUGGUCAGUGACGAGAUGAUUCAGAACUUCCAGGAUGAAGUAUGUUUCGUUUUGGACACAAUGAAAGAUGACACAAAUGACGGCUACCACAUCAUCUUGAAAUGAAUCCUGGGCAGGAGAAUAGCGUUGCUCUCUUCUUUAGACCCGAUCCAGUCUGCCCCUCUAGAGCUUCACAUUCCUUGCUGUUACUGGAAUACGUGGAGACGCCCUGAGAAACGUCUUGAGGCUGCUAGGAGGAACAUGCGACUGAAGCACCUGGCCCUCUCCUCACUAUACCUUAUUGUCUUACUUUAAAGGUAGUGACUGUUACCACAGUGAAGUGAACGAUCUCCUUCUCGCCCUGCCAUUGUCUCCCUUAAAUGGUUGCAUUUCCCUCUGUUGCUUAUGUCUCAUGAAAGAGGUUAGUGGCACUACAGGCUGCUAUCACUGUUUGUUUGUUAGCUGAGCAUCUGGUGUGCCAAAGCUCUGUGCUUCAGAAACAGUUUGUUGUCUCUUUAAAAAACAACCAAAUAAGAAAGAAAGAAAAUCAAAGCGACAAAAAGAGAGCGUUACUCUGACAGUACUUGACUUUCAGCCUGCAAUGCAGCAUGACUUCUCCUCUUCAUGCUAGGUUGAGAUCAGGGUUGGAAAUUAACUUUUUUGUCCACCUGGCACUGUGGCUGGUGGAUCCAAAAUCUACCAGAGCAAAUCUAGCAGCCACUUAAUGAUUUUACCAGCAUUUGGCUAGUGCUAAUUUCCGACCCUGACAGGGAUCCACUUAAAGCCAGUCUGCAAGAAACAUGGUAGAGCAAACACAAUCACAGUGACAUCAAAGAACCACAAGAGGCAUCAAAUCCACAAUCAGGACAUGAAGGGAAACUGUUGGAAUCCAGCUGUCCGCCAUAACAUCUGUGAUUCCUUUUUGAAAGAGAACAAUGUCAGUCUUUCACUGGUUUGAACUGUUACUUUUGAGAACUCCCAAACACUGUUAGAUCCUUGUAGUUAGUGUUGAGCGCAUACUGCCACUCGUGGUGAACCUUGAAUAAUGAUGAAACACUGUCUAUGUUAGUGAUUACAGUGGCAACACCAGCAAACUGUCUCUGGUCCAUGUGCUUCCUAUCCCUAUCCGCUUAUUUAGCACAUUUCAAUUUUAUUUUGGCCAUUUUCCAACAUUAUUUGUAAAUAGAUAAUUUUUUUAAUGUUUUCAUGAGGAUUCAUGUGUUUCUUAGGCAGUUCUUUUUUUUAAAUAGUCUUAACAUACUUGUCUCUUCAUCAUUGUUUUGGGAUGUUACCACUUCCAAAUACUAAUACAUGUAAUGGAGCUGUUGGGCACACCAGAGCUGCAUGUGAAAAGAUAUAUGGUUAGUUUAUGUUAAGUCCAUUGUGCUGCUUACAUGAAAUUGAUAGCUUGACAUUUUAGAUACCCAUCUUUAGAGCCCCAGCUCAUCAGCAUUAUUAAAAUACUUACCCAUGUACUGGCAGCCAUCUGUUGUCUGUCUCCUUUUGAUGUUUGCAAAAAAAUAAAUAAAAAAUGUGAUUUUUAACAAUA